CCCACCUCUCAGCCAACGCAACACUCUCGCCGCCGCUGCCAACCUGGAACCUGCUGAGACUUGCUGUGCCCGCCUCGGAUUUAUUCCGUCAUUCGUCUCCAUUUCUCUCGAGCAAAUAUUCUAGAUCUCUCCUCACUUUCCGCACACUCAACCUUCUCCCAUCUCAAGCCAAGAAACACAAGAAAGCUUAAUCCGACAUCUCCAACGGUUCUCUCCACAGUUCAUCGCAACCCCCACACGCUCACCAGCAUCACCAUGUCUCCUCAAGGCCCCACCACUCAAUCGCCCAUGAUCAUGGAUGCUGCUGCUGUCCAGCGCCCAGAGAAUGCGCACCUGGAUAGCAAGUUGCAGACGAGUCAGCCGGCAACAUUUCAACCGAUGGAUACCCAGAAGCCACACGAAGACUCAGAGGUCGGUCUGAGAGGUGGUGAUCGCGGUGGCUGCUGCCCUGGUCGGUUCUGCUUCAUCAUUCCCUGCCCAUUGCCCUGCGACUGUUGCAUCAUCUAAGCGCUCUCAAUCCCUUUCUUGAUGUCAUCACAAGGGUGGACAACUUCAAUGUGGAAUUAUAUUUGUUUACUGGAUCGGACUGGGUGGUAAUUUUGAGGGAGCUGGCUAGAUAGAGUACCAGCCAUGCAUG